UCUCCGCGACGUCAUCACGUUCCAUAGCAACGGGGCCUAGCCCCUCGGGCGCCGCCAUAAUCUGGGUCAGAGCUGCCGAGUGCGCUUCAAGGACAACAUCUGAUCCCAACAUCUGAUUCUUCUUGCCUAAAGUUGUAGACACCAAAAACACUACAUCUAUUUGUUUGUGCACGUCGGGUUGAUUGCAUUAGUCGAAACAGGGUGGACCACGUGAAGGUUGCAACCCCCCACCAGCGCACUGGAAAUGCCCUAGAGGUCAACCAGGGUUGUAGAGCGGAGUACAGGAGUAGGAGUACAGACAGGAUUGUUGGUGGAAAUGACUCGGUCAAAGAAGAUCGGGAAUCACAACAAUGGCAGAAAGAAAAACAUGGCAAAGCUGUGGAAGACCAAAAGGCGAACUAAAGAUUUAGACCAGGUUCAUGAAGACAUGAAGCCUGAAAAUGCAAGCAAAUUACUGCACCAGACUGCAGACUGCGACGUUACUGGAAAUGCACAGUUCUACUGCUUGCACUGCGCGCGAUACUUUAUUGAUCAGAGAAGUCUCAAAGAACAUUUCAGAACAAAAGUUCACAAACGCAGACUAAAAAAAUUGAGGGAAGAGCCGUACACGCAGGAGGAGGCAGAGCGAGCAGCCGGGAUGGGCUCCUACAUCCCAGCAAAGAAGGUCAAGGUCAAGACACAGGCCACAGAAGAGGAAAUGACAGUAUCAUAACUCAUGGACAAGAUACGUUUUGUUCUUGCAACUGUUAAUUAAGAACUGGCUUUGAUCUCGCUGAUUUAUUGACCAUCUUUCUGUUAAAAUUAUAUUAAAAAUACACCCAAAACCAGUAACA